AGUUAAAUAUUUUAAACUUCCUUUUCCGUCAUUGUUGACAUUUAAAUUAGUAAAAAUGCUCUCUACAUUGACGAAAUAUUUACUCUUUUUAUAAAUCCAGACAAACAGAAUGAAACGACUACACCAUCUACCAAAAUAGAUCUAUAUUAAAGAGCAGUAAUGGAUACUUCAGGGGAAAAUAGUCCUAUUGAUAAAAAGAAAAAAGUUCAGUACGUUAACAAUUUCCACACGGGGAAAACAAAAGUGAUAGAGAAGAACGUAAAUCUUGGUAGAUCUUUAAACAGUUUUUUUGACAACACUUGUUCAUCGCUUGUAUCAACUUCCUCAAAGGAAGAUGACGAUAAAGGAAGAAAUAAUGAAUCUUUGGAUGAAGCUAGUCGUCCCAUAUUGAAUGAUUCACAGUUUCCUGAAAGAUAUAAAGAUGGGGAAAAUCUCGUCCUUUCUAGUCAUGAACACAUACUCAGACCCGAGGUUCCAGGGGUAGAUUUAAAACCAACUUAUUCAAAAGAAGAAAAUGUAGGAACUUUAAUACAUAGCACCGACCACACAGAUGGUUAUUGUGACAUUCUUUGGAAGGACACAAAUGAAACAAAGUCCUCGACUCAUCUGGAAAAAACUAUAACAGGACAGUCUGUUAUUGAACUCUCAAAACCUACAGGUCAAGAAGAUGAAAUUAUAAAAACAUAUCACCCGAUAUCGAACGAGGUUUCCGGUCAAAACACUGAAGAAAUAAUUGACACCAUAGAGACAGACGAUAUAUUAGUAAAUAUGAAUGAGGGAGAAGAACACAGAAUGUAUAGUACUGACAACUCUGACAUGAGGAGCAAAGCAAUGGAAGUAUGUUCACCAUUUGAAGAGAGUAGUAAAUUUCACAGUGAAAACUCAGAAUGUACCAAUAGUACAACUGAUAAGCAAUUGUGUAACAAAACAAUUGAGGAAAAUGAAAUUUGUUACCUUACAGCGGAGCAAACGUCGAACGGCAUGAUGAAAUUCCCAAGAAAGGACUCGGUAUUUCCGCAACAAAAGGAUCCAGUAGAACAUUCAAUAGGUGCAACAUAUCGAAAGAAUGAAGUUUUACAAAAACAACUAGAAAUAUUCGACGAAGUCGAAACUGAGGAGAAACUGAGAAAUGCUAGUGUUUCAUAUGAAGGGCCAGAAAAAAAUACGAAUUCCUUGAAAAGUGAGGAUGAAAGUACUUCCAUAAGUAGCCUUGAGAGUGACAAUGAUCAAAAUACAAAUGAUGGCAUCGGAGGCGAAACUAGUCACGGGCUUGUUGUCACCAAAAAUGAGAUAAACGAUGAAAUAAAACAGAAUCAAAAAGACAAAAAAGAAAUAUAUGGUCAGCCUGAAAACUGGAAAUUAGAUGACACCAUGAACUCAAAAAAGAGUAAUCUUAGGAUUCAAAAGCAAUCGUUGGAGAGUCAGAAAACAGGUCGAAUAAAAGACUGUGGCACACAAACUGAUUUUGUGUAUUCAUCGGUUAAUGAAAUAUACAAUAUUUUAUGUGAAAAAUGUGGGAAUAUAAUAGAUAUGAAAGAAGUAUUAUUACAUAUUCUGAAAUACCCAUUGACAUUGAAAAGCAGUCAUAAGUGUACUGAAUCCGACGAGUCAGGUUUAGUUGAUAAAAAUAACGAGAGAGCAGUGACAAAUAAAGAAAACGGGUCGACAUUGCAAAUGGCAAAAACGAGUAUGGACAAAACUUCGAACCAAGGAAAUGGUUUAUUGAAUAAAAAUCCACAUCAGUAUAAUGUGAUGAGUUUUCAUCCAACCGGAAUGCCGUGCCAUGAGGUAAAUAUAGAAACGUGUCAACCCAGCACGAGACCACCUAUCAAACACAGUGAAAAACAAGAUUUUAUUUUAAAAAAUAGUAUUUCAUCCAAAAUUCCAAACAACAAAACAUCAAAAGAAAUAGUUGAAGAGAACAAAAUACAAGAAAAAGCUUCUUCAGAUGUAAGAGAAGCAUCGAGCUUAUACGCUGGACUUAAGGUGCAACGAGCCAGAGAAGAGUUUGAACAAGCUGUUGAAGGAUUUCAGGAUGUCUACACGUCAUUUCCGCCUGCAAGUAAGGAAGGAGAAGGAUAUAACCAGGAGCAAGAUCUAUCAUCCAGGAAUGAGUUGUAUUCAGCUGGUAUGGAGGUAACAAAAUCAGUUAUAGAAGUUGUAGCAGAAGCUAACAAGCCAUUUGACGACACGGAGGACGCCAAGGAGGAGUAUGAAUUCAAUGAUACACAUAACCAAAGCAAAAUGCUUCCACCUAGACAAGAAGAACACCAACAUGACAACGGAAACCAUGUUCUGAAAGGAUCAUGUCAGACUGUCCAUCAAACCAAGUCAUAUAAUAACCCAUUAUAUAUUCAAAAUCACACUAACAAGAAAGGACUGUCGUAUAAUAAAAUAUCAUACCCAAAAAUGAAACAUGGAUACAAGACGAAAUAUAAACAUAGAUGUAAAGCUGAUAUGAUGGACAAACUUUCUAUAUUUGCUGAUGAAAAUUUCUUAGAUGUCCAUAAUGUUAGUGCUGAUGGUAAUUGUAUGUUCAGUGCAGUCGUUGACCAGCUGUGGAUAAAUGGAAACUUUAGAUUUACACCAGACUCUCUUCGAAAAGAAGCUGUAGAGUUUCUAAGGAAGUGUCCGACCCAUAGAGACGGAACCCACCUCGACUCAUUUUUAGAUACUGAAUCGUGGGACGAAUAUUUACGUAGAAUGGAAAGAAAAGGAGAGUGGGGCGACCAUAUGGUUUUGCAAGGUGUUUCAGAAGUCACACAUUGUAGAAUUCUAGUCAUAAACUCUGAUCUUGUGAAAACAGAGCUCAACCCUUGGCACUCUACUCAUGAUGAAACACAGAUAGAUAUAGUUUUACUUGGACAUAUGGGAGAAUAUCACUAUGUUAGUCUUAGACCAAGUAACUGGAAAGAAACAUGGGCAAUACGUGCCAAAAUGAAAUCAAUGCACGAGUUACAGAAUCCACACAGUCCUAACCAAGACCAUGUUUUUGACGAUGACCAGCAGAGUGUUUUGCAUACAAGAGAAGAAGGAACUGACCUGGCAGAUAAAGAAAUCAUACAUAUAGACCAAGACCAAACUGAGGAUAAUCAUGAUAGAACAGAGCUGACGGUUGACGAUGAAAACUUGGAACAAGGAAAUAAAGAGACUGGCGUAUGUGAUACGCAACAAACUGAUAAAAUGUCAGCAUGCAAUAAUGAAAGCAAUGCUGCUAAUGGUGAACUAGAUUUGUCCUACAUAGCUUUUCAAAAUACAGAACUGCUACAAAAAUCGCAUAAUUUCAAAGCAACAGAAAUACUGUUUGAUACACAAGAUCUCAAUAGACUAGUCAUGGAAGCUAAUUUCAUCGACCCACUGAGUGGAGUUCCAACGCAACAUCUCUCCUUCUAUUUAAGACAACUACUUGAACCAUCGGAAAUUUAUGUUGACAAUAAAUUGAACAAUUUAAAUUAUCACGUGAAAACUUCUGCCAGAGACCAAAAUGUUGAUGUCGUAGUUUAUGGGUCAGUCGGCGAGAGAAUGGUAGUCUCUCUAAAUUGGUGUUGCCACCACACUACAAUUCAGCCUCAAAUAAUGUUUUACCAGUCAGACGUUGCCAACAUUGUAUAUGAAGCUGAAAGCGCUAUUGGUCCACAUUCGCUUCUGGUUGACACAAAUUCCUGCGCUCCUGGAAAUCUAACACUUCAAAUUCCAUACCCAGAGUAUUUUGAAUCUAGUACAACAGAAAAAAUCAAAGAAACUGUUUACCUUCGUGCGCUUAAUUCUGAAUUCACAGUAACUUUCUGUAAUCAAAAUAUUCACCCAAAGAUUACACAAGGGAUAGAAUGUUCACAGUGGCCAGAAUCGUUAACAUCCGAAUGGCACACAAGAGAAAGACCGAGUGGAUUCCCAGACUCAGAAAUGCUGAAAGAACUUGCCAGUAGAGCAUGCUACGUUCGCAAAUACAGUAAAAGCUCUAAUCAGAACUCUGAUAUUGAAUGGCAGUUUGUAUUUCCAACCGUCGAAACCGACCUUUUGCGAGAUAUGAUGAAUCCAAAUAUGAAAUAUGCCUUGAGAUUGUUUAAAAUGAUAACCAACUUUCAAACUGAGACCGUCCAACGAGGACUUCGAACGAACCAUCUGAAAACUGUCAUGCUGUAUAGUUGUGAAACUGUCCCAAUCUCUGUCUGGUCAACCAACAUUGGUGGUGGAAUUUUGUUUUUGAUAUCAUCACUCAUUUUAUAUCUACAUCGUCGUUGUCUUCCUCACUAUAUAAUGGCUUCAGUCAAUUUGUUAGAGGAAUAUUCAGAUUUAGAAAUGGAUAAUUUACUCAUGUGCUUAGAACAAAUCCGUCUAUUUCCCCUUAUGGCCUUCAACGUUUUUGCCGAAAACAACCACCUAAGAAAUCAAUGGAUAAUCGAUCCAAUCGUCAACGAUUUGCAUCGAUUCCGAAAUGACAGAGAUCAUUUAAAAUCGGUAGAGCAAGCUUUCUGUCCAACUCUCAUAGAACUUGCUAAGCGUCUAGUAAUGUUUGGAGUGCACGAUUUCGAGAAAGGGUUUAAUAUGAUAGAGCGGGCAUAUGACAGUAUAUAUGACCUUGAAAAACAAAGAAAGGUGGACAUUCCACAAACAUUUGAGCAGUUUAUUGAACCUUUCGCUUAUGCAGUAGAGGACCCAAUCACUCGAUAUUUUUUCACCGACUUUGUUGACAGUAAAUUAACAACGAAAGUCUUAAGUAAAAUGGUGGACUCGGACAAUGUGCGUAUUGUGGGAAAUGUUGGAGGCAGAGAAGCUGGCGGGAAAUAUAAUGAAUUUCCUAUACCUGAUGGGAGCAAACUGGAUGACAUUGAAUAUUUGCAAAGUCUUGCUAAUUAUUUAAUGACGAUUGACAAAAAAGAAUCGGCAGCCCAUUUUUUCCGAUGUGGAAUAGCUCUUGGAAGAUGUGCGUUUAAGGAAGAAAUUAUUGAUGUGAGCGAAAUAACUGAUGAGGAAGUGAAAAAACAGAUUGCAGAAAAGAAUAUUAAAACCACCCAGAACUUUCACUAUACAUUGUAUAGUUUGUACAAUAAUUUAAUCGAUUGUUAUAAUCACAUGAAGCAAACAAUUUUGUUUCAAGAAUUCAUUCAUGAUUUCGAAGAACUAGUUGAAACUUUAUCAUAUCCAUGUUACUUUAAAAGAUUAGCAGAAACAUGGGACGCUCUUGGGAAUGUGGAGAAAGCUGACCUUUGGGAAUUCUCUACUUUCGAUUCAGAAAAAGGAAGUAUUGCUUUGUUCUGUGGGAAAAUGGACGACGACGAAGAAGAAGACAAUCUUGUGACAGGAAUCAUGUGCAAUGGACCGAAGACCAAAAACUCCAAAAUUUCUUUCAUAUGGGGAUCUCCUCUACACAGGAUGACAGAUGUCCACGAAACCGAUCCAUAUGAUACUGUUGAUCUGGACGAUACUAACUCAAAAUCAGCCAGUGACAACCAGAGAACCAAAUUUACGCCUAACCUCCUAAACUCUGAAGACGAAUUAAAAUACGAUUCCGACACUGAGAAUUCACAGAACACUUUUGCUUUAUUUGGAUACGAUAACCUGGGGGAUCUAGAUACUUCUGACGAAGAGACUAAUGAAAUAAAACCAGAUAAACCCAACACCCAGUUGUUUCCAAGGAACUCCCAAAGAAAUCACAAACAAAGUAACUGGUUGCUUGACAAAGUAAAUGCUAUUCCUACAUAUGUACAUCCGGAUGCAACGUCAGAGCUUGAGGAGGAUCAUACUGAACACCCCUCUCACAAACAAGAUAACUAUGAGGUGACAAAGUCCACACAUUUGAUAUCGACCAUAGAGGAUGACAAAACGAGUUCCGAACUGGACGAACAGAAGAAUAACACCCUGGAAAUGGUGUCCUGUAAUGGAUUAAGUCACGACAAACAUAGACAGGGAAUAAACGAUAAUAAGACCAGUGAGGCAAAUGAUGACAAAUGCUCCUUUGAAAAAACAUCUCCUGCAAACGCAACAUCCUUUAAAGAGCAAUCCAACAUGGAAAAACAUGAACUAAAUACGAUAAACAAUGUUGAGAAUGAUUCUUCAUUAAUGCAACCAUGCAACGAAGGACUACAAACGAAACAAUUAGAUGUCGCUUCAAAUGAAGAAGAAAGUGAGGAAGAAUUGAUUACAGAAUUUGAAAACCAAGCAGAAUAUGAUCACCUUCAAAAGUUAUCUCGUGAUAAAGAUAAUAACAAUAGUGAGAACAAUAUGGAAAAUUAUGUUUUGGAAACAACAACUUUUUCAGAAGUAAGAACAGAUAUCAGCAAGAAUCUUACCAACCAGACACUGGAAAAUAAAGACGAGAUACAUGAUCAACACCAAAUAAAUGCAGCUACAAGAGCACCUAGUGAAGACGAGGGUAUGGAGGUGCCUACUGAAAUGCAGAGACCAGGGCAGUACUCGAACUCAUUUGAAUUUUCCUCUCUGAAAACUGAGCAUAAUGUAGAAAUGUUGUCAUUAUCCCACACUGAAAAUAAGUUAAAGCAAACAUUAAAUGAGAACGGAAAUGAAUCAAAAUCUGAAAACCAAAUGUUAGUAUUCGACGAGAAAUUAUGUUCUUUAAAUGAUGAACCAUUUAAUAAAACAGAACAUGAUAUCAAGUCGGAAUUGUCGCUUAACUUUUCAGCAGAGAGUAAAAAGAAUGCAAGUCCUACAGAAAGAAAGAACAAUCCAAACUGCUCCAAGUCAUCUUCACAAACGAUUUCGGAUAAUGAAAACUAUUUUACAAGUGCAACUUCUGAACAAUUCGGUCAAAGAAAAGGGAUAUAUAUGUUUCACUGUAAUAUAAAACCUUCUUCUGUCAACACUAGCCAUUCCUUUCAAGAGCAUGCGGAAUUAGGUAAGAAAUACAAGGCACCAGUAGUGAAAAAAGAAUUCGAUAAUUCUGUAAACUUUAUGAAAGAUUUGUGUCUUAUCGGAUCAAUAAACUUACAAAAAAACAAAAGCCCACAAGAUGAUAAACAGAAUUUAAACAAAGCUUCAGAGUGGAAAAUGUCUCCAUCGAUUGAAAAAGACAUCGAAUUAGAAAGCAUUAUGCCUACAAAUGGGAAUACCAUAUCCAACCACAGACAUUCUCCCAAAGAUAAAAAUUCAACGGAACUAUUGUACAACAAUGAAAACAUGGAAAGCGUCUCAGUUGGUGAUGAAAUUUUAGAAAUUACUGAAGAAACUAAGCAAUGCGAUGAGUCAGAGAAGAAUACGUGUGAGCAAUCAUUUAUGAUAAGACAUUUUGGAAAUAAAGACGAUUUAAACGAAGGUCAACGUAGAAGUGCAUUUGACAAAUUAGGACAAUCAAAAUCAAGUUCGUAUGGAGGAAAAGAAAGCAUCGAAUUGAAGUAUAAAACUCGAUGCGAGGAAAUAGAGCUUUCUAAAACUCAAUGGCAUGAUCCUAAAACAAAUAAGUCUUUAUCCAAUCUUUAUCAAAGCGAAGAAGGAUCAUCACAGUGUGGUACAUGGAGACGUCGGGGAUUUCAAACUGUGGCAGCGGAACAUUCAUUUGAGAUGCAAGCAAAUCAGCCUUGGAGCACGGGAUCAAAUCAGUCCAUGAAUCUAGAUGGAUAUGACCCAUGGCAGCCACAAUACAACCAGAUGUCCUCGAUGAUUUAUCCUCAUCCCCAACGUCCGGAUACAACGAUUUUUUCACAUAAUGAAUUACAUUCAAAGCAUAAUGAAGCAAGACGUUCUUUUCACAAGCCAGAGUAUCAUAAUUCCCAAGAAGAUAAAAUGUAUGACCAUGAAUAUUCGAAAUAUCCAGCAAGCAGUGAUCAUAUGAAAGAAUGGCAUAGCAGUUCUACCGAACAAGACGAGGACUUUACCCACAGCACACAAAAUAACCAACUCCUGAAGUCUGGUAAUGAACAACUUUGGAAACCAAAGGAAAAUGUUUCCAAUAAUCCUAUAUCAAAUGAACCUCUAGUUAGAGGACAGAGAGGUCAAGGACGAAGGUCGUGGUAUACCACUGAACAUUCGUCAGAAGGCGACUGCCAGUGUUCCCGUUGUAUGAUAAAACAACAUCUUUCAGGUUUGACCGAAUUUAUGGAGAAAAUGGGAUAUGAAGUUAAAAACGUUUCAGGAGAUGGUAAUUGUCUGUUUGCUGCAAUUGUUGAUCAACUUAGAAUUAAUGGUGACUUCUCCUAUACAGCUGAUCGACUCCGAAAAAAAGCAGUGCAGUUUCUUCGAGAAAAACCUCAUGUUGAUGAUGAAACACACAUGGAAGCUUUUCUGACAAAUGAAACUUGGGAAGAAUAUCUUUUAAAGAUGGAGAUUGAUGGUCAGUGGGGAGAUGAUAUUAUACUGAGAGGUAUUUCAGAAAUGACUGGGAGGAAAAUAGUGGUCUAUAGUUCUUUCAUGUCUAUGACUGAAUUGACACCAACGAAUCUUUAUGAGGAAGAAAAACUAUAUAUCGGGCACAUAAGGACUAUGAUGCAUUUCGUCAGUCUGAGACCAAAAUCUUGGGAAUAUUCCUGGCCUUUACGAGCACACAUUCGGCGAGGCACACAGAUUAUCAAUAACGGAAAUUUGGAUUUAACUAUUGCUGCUUCUGUGGGUGAGGAAGCUUCUAAGAAAAUUGCUAACUUGAAAGAAUAUAUGAAUGCUGGUAAAUUUGAGCAUUUUCAGAAAGAAAAAGAGGAAAUAGAUGAAAUUUUACGCAUUUGUAGAACACCAAGACAAACAGGAGCAGAUACAUAUUUCAAAGAUACAUUAGAAACGAUGAACGCAUUGGUCAAACAGAAAUUUGAAGUGGACACAAUAAGUGGCAUCCCAAUGGUCCAUCUCUCAUAUCUGCUUAAACUUCUUGUAAAACCGAAAUUUUUCAUCAGCCUGCAUGAACAUUUCGACAGUAUAUUUGAAAGUCAUAAGGAAUUUAUGACUAGAAUAGGAAGCGGUUCGUUGGGUUUAGACAGUAAUAUGAUGGAUUUUACAGCAGCUAUGCAACAUUUCGAAAUACUUGAAAAUAGGACACCUAAAGAUAAAAAUCUAGCAUCGCUUACAUUUGUUAUGAAACUGCCAAAAAGCUUUUGCCCUAUACUGGAAAGAGGUGGAGACCAAGCAUUCGAUCUUCUAGGAGCAAGUGUAAUGAUUGAUGACAGUGAUACACUUCCGGGAUAUACACGUUUAAGACCGACAGACACCACAGCCUGGACUGGGUGCAUAGAGUGGUUAAAUGGCCAACAAGCGUUUUUACGUUCGUUGCGAAACAGAGAUAAACCGAUAUUUCCAGAAAAGUCUGGAGGAGUCUCUUAUAAAAUCUUUGAUGGACUUGAUUGUGAUUUUUGGCCACACCAGGCACGCGAUUGGACAAAUCGGAAUCCAGUUUCAGGUUGGCCUUCUGCAGAAAUAAUCAAAGAGGUGGAUGAAAGAGGGUGUACAGUUAUUAAACGUGCACAUGAAUUUAGUGAAAAUCCAGACAUAGAAUUUCAGUUUGUAUUCAAUGAAGUAGAAAAGGUUUUAGUUGGCUCAUUUAAUGAUUCGAUGAUGCAUUGUUUUCGUGUAUUCAAAGCACUCGUAGACCACCAUACACGAAUUCUUAAUGUAAAGCUGAAAACAUAUAGUCUUUUGACAACCAUGUUUUAUUGUAGUGAAGUAAUUCCACAGCAUGCAUGGUCUUCCAAUCCAGGAGGUUGUAUUAUGUAUAAAAUUGCUUGGUUGUCACAGAGGAUUGCGGAACAAAAUCUUCCAAAUUACUUUAUUCCAGAAAAUAACAUGAUAGAGCACGUAGAAGAAGAAGACCUGCGGAACAUACAAUACCGUUUACAAUCUCUGCGGUGGUUUCCAUUUGCAUCCGUUUACUUCUUACUAGAAAGUCAUUCGUUUAUAACUCUGCCGGUAAUAGAUCAGUUGGAAUCGUCCAUAGAAGAUUAUAAAAGGUCGAAGGACAAACAUAAAUUAGUUGAAGCCGUGUUCGUUCCAAUUUGUUUUAAAUUAGCUACAAAUAGCAUGAAGGCCAAAGUUCUCAUUUUUUACAACCAAGCUUUGCAAUACCUUGAAGCAGGUUUUGAAGAGACAGUCGAUGUUGCUGAUAACGAGUCCGGUACAACGUUUGAAGAUUUCAUACAAACGUUCCUGACUUCAUUCAGCGAUACAGACAGUGUAUUACCUUUCGCACAAGUAGUGGAUAAAGAAAGGAAGACGAAUACAUGUCGGGUUUUACUGGCAGAUAAAGCUUCCUUGCCUAUUUCCGCCAUUCUUGGUGAGGAAUAUACAGGUGAUUGGGGUCGAGUAUACGUUGACAUCACCGACGACAAGUGGAAUUCUAUUUAUGACCUUACUGGUCAAUUAGCGAUAGGAGGAGAAUUUGAAGAAUGUGCCGAAAUUCUCCGUUGUUCAAUUUCCGUCCUUCAGAAAGAUUUAAAAAGUGACGAAGCCAACCAUGAUGAGAUCACGGAUGAUGACACUAUUAAGCAGAUAAAUCAGUCCAGAUAUAAGCAAGUGUACUGUUCUUUGAGGUACUUAGUUACAUUUUACAAACACUUAUCAAAAUGCUAUGACGAAAUGGACAAGAUAGAAUUAUUCCAAGAACAUAUCUACGAUUAUGAAGAAAUCGUAGGCCGCAUAGACAGCCGCAUACACUAUGAACAUGUUGCGAAAUUAUAUCGACAGUUGGGUAACCAAGAAAAGGCAAAGGAAUUGGAAGUGAAAAUGAAAUCAAUUAAAACUGACGAAGAUCAAGGUGGGCCGAGACUCAUGAUUCUAAUCAGAACGUGAUAUUCAAAGCAUAAAAGGGGAAGUUUCGUCGUCUACGUAGAAGUAUAAUCUGAUGAUACGUUCAAACAGAUUUUUAUAAGUCUAUGUAGAAGUAAUACAGAAAAUAUUUAACAUUCCAAAGUAUGAAAGUUUAUUGUAACGAAAUAUAUGAACGCAUAUAUCAAUUCCAGUUUUCCUGAUCAUCAUUAUUUUCAGUUAAACUUGUCUCAUUUCCUUGCUAUAUAUAUAUAGUCAGUGUUAUAUGAGGGGCGUAAAAGGGGGUAUCUGCACAGAAGAAAGAAGAAAUGAAAUUACCUUUUCACAAUGAACGAACAAUUAAAAUUUCUUGCACGUUGAUCUUUUUGCCGAUUUCACGAAACACGGUCAAUAA